AUGGAUACCUCUGACAUUCGCCACCCAAUGGCGACAGUGGUGCCACUGCUGUCAUUCAUUUCUAUCGUCGUAUGCAUUACACCUCUCACUCUGCAUGCAAAGAACCGCAACCUGCCUGCCACUAGUCUCAUCUGCUGGACGAUCCUGCUGAACGCGUUCAACAUCAUCAAUGCUUUGAUAUGGCCGACAGACAAUGUCAAUGUGUGGUGGGACGGAUCCGGACUAUGUGACAUCGAGGUCAAACUAAUGGUCGGGAGCUAUGUGGCUUUUCCUGGUGCUCUGGUGGGCAUCUUUCGUGGUCUAGCGGUGGUGCUCGACACUGCCAGCACGACGCUUGUUCCGAGUAAGACGCAGCGCCUGCGGAAUCAGGCUGUUGAAUUGGUAUUCUGCGUUGUGAUCCCCGUCAUUGCCAUGAUUACCCACAUCAUCUGGCAAAAGAGUCGAUACUUGCUCUUUGCAAUCUCGGGCUGUGUCAAUGAUUUCGAUGAGAGCUGGGUAAGCUUCGUGCUGGCCUACAUGUGGCCGCCACUUAUCUGCUUGAUUGCUGCAUAUUAUGGUGGUCUUGUUCUCAUUCGAAUGCGUCGGUACCGCAGCGACUUUGGUUCGAUCCUACGAUCUGCAAAUAGCCGAAUGAGCAAGUCUGGAUUCUUGCGACUCUUCUUUCUCGCAUCCACCAUGCUGGUGGCGAUUCUCCCCGCAGAAGCGUAUGUGGUCUACUACGACUUGGUCCUCUCUCUUCCUUGGCACUCAUACUCGUGGAGCAAAAUCCAUGGGCCAGCAUGGUACCAAAUCCAGAAAUUCCCGACUCAGGGACAAGUCUUUUUUGACCGCUGGACACCUAUCGCUGCAGGAUUUGUACUUUUCAUCUUUUUCGGAUUUGGCCGUGAUGCGACGCGAAUCUAUCUCAGUUUCUUUUGGCGCAUCGGAUUGGGACACUGUUUCCCAAUGCUCACUCGCCCUAUCGACUCCACCUCCACCGGUGGUGGCUCGCACUCAACUACCCUGGUUGGAUCAACCAUCAGUCGAGCCAAGCUGUUGUUUCAUUGGGGGAAGAGCCCCAAUUCAAACAGUCAUGAAAACAGCAUAUCAUCCCAACCUGACAUCUAUCGUUCGUUCGAAAAGGACACCAAGUCGCACUCACAUCAUCGUCGAAACCGUGGCCAUUCUCAGCGCCAAUGGUUGCCAACCUUCUGGUUUCGAUCCAAGAGCAAGGCCCGCCGCGAUGAUAAUACCUUGCUAGACGAUCUCUCCCGUCCAUCCCAGACCAUCUGUACCAGCGCGUGGGCAAGCACCAGUCAAAGCCGUGGCAGCUGUGAGCUAGAAGCCGAUGGUUCGCAGGGAGCUCAAGCCGGUAUCCAGGUCAAACAGGUCAUUAGCCAGCAAAGCGUGAUGGAAGUGUGA